AACUAUUAUCCAUCUGCAUUUUUGCGGUCAUUGCCAUAAUGACCAAUAAAAAAACAAAUAUGAAGUAUGAGUUUGCUAAAAACUUCGAUUUUUCUUUCAAACUAUAAAACUCAACUGCAUUUCCGAAUCAAUUCAGUUGCAGUUUAUACCAUCAACUAAGUUAAUAUUUGUUAGCGAACAAAAUGUAUUUCCUUAAAUUCGCAGUCUGCAUAUUUUCCAUCAUCCUUUACAUAACAUCUAAUUUACCACUUUUCGUGGAGGCCGCACCUGGUAUUUUACAUCAUCCUAGUUCUCAUGUUGUGGUUGUGGAGCACCCUGUUGUGGUUGUCAAGCCGAAAGUGGUGCAUCCAGUAGUGGUGGCCCGUCCAGUAGUGGUCGCCCGUCCAGUGGUCGUGUCACAUCCAGUGGUUGUGUCACAUCCAAUUGUUGUAUCACAUCCUGUUGUGCUGGGGCAUCAUCAUCUUCAUUAGAUGCAACAGUAGUGCUAAUUGGACAGUGGAAGAAUUUAGCUUGAAGGGAUGUCAAAACAAUUUUUACCAGUAUAACCACGCCUCACAGCAUAUUUGAGGAAAUAAUAUUGAAAAAUAUUGUUAUUAUUAAUCAACUUAUUUGGCUUGUAAUAAAGGUUCAUUGAAAAUUCGAAAACUCAAAAACUUGGAAAUCCAGUUCUAAAAACAUUUAAAGGUUGCGACACCUACACCGAUGAAUAUAAAACUGGACUUACAUGCAUAUAUACAUAUAGAUAUUCUACACAUUGUAUUGCUAUUAACUUUUUCUCCCAGAGUUCGACAAUCAGCAAAUCUCCGCCAUAAAAACUUAAAUGCUCGGCUGAUUUUCCGCCCAUUUUCUUACAAGAUUUACAACUCAAUUAACGGCUAAUCGAUCAUAACAAUCUCUAGAACAUAAACAAAGCCGGCUUCUCUUUGCAUUUGAUGCCUAAACGCAUCUGACAUUUAUUCCGAUUAGUAGUAAGUAUGAAAGCAACCUCCCAAAAUAUAUUCGCUAACGACACUAAGAUCUUAUCAGCAGCAAUUUAUGCUUGUGACAUCUGCCUAAGUAGUUAUAACAAUAGCUAUAGCUCGCGCUUAUUACAAUGCUAAGUUGUGAAUAAGUAGUAUAAAAGGUUUCUGCUGGUCUCAAGACAUUGUUAGUCAGACAAAAGUUGCGAAACUAUACACUUUUGAGUGCGUAAAGAAAAACUCCCGAAGUCUAAAACAAUGAAGUGGUUAUCGUUGUUCUUCGUUUUCGGCUUGCUCGCUGUGAUCGGCAGCAUGGGUACGUUAGCCAACGCCAAGCCCUUUCCUGAGCCGCGUGGACGUCCGCCAACCACUACACGUCGCCCACCCACUACCGACACCAAUGACGCUGGUGUGCGACGCUAGCUGUCGGAGGAAUCAGGGGACAGUGAGGCAGCAGCGAGUGCGGAGUACUGGAAUAGUAAGGAACAGUAUAAACCCAAACCCAUGAAAUGUUCAACACCGUUGAAGAAGGAUCAACGUAAAAUUGUAGUACAAUGUUAUGGUGAAGAAAAAUUGCAAUAUGUUGAAAUUAUAUUUGUUUGAGUGUAAGGUAAACACAAGAUUGGCAAUAAGGUGCAUACAAUUAUUUGUUAUCGAGUUUUCAUUUAAUUACUAACCCAAAAUUUAAUACUUCAAUUGUUGAAUAAAUAAUUUUGUUUUUCAAAACUAAUAAAAAUGUGUGUAAAUAAUUUGAAAUUAA